AUGUUGGGACGACAUGAUAACAAGGAUGUUGCCAUCUUCUGGGACUAUGGUGAGUCACCUAUGGAAUCACUCAAUGUUAUUGGAACUAGACAGGCACCAGAGAAUUGCCAUGGGCCUUCAGCCAUCUCGGGGUACGAUGUAGUCGGGAGCAUCCGUAAUGUGGCGCACAAGUUCGGUAGUGUCAAGCUCUUCAAGGCAUACCUUGAACUCUCAGAACAGUCAAUGUCACCCCGGUUAUUGACCCUACGGUCUGAGCUACAAUCGUCAGGGGUUUCCCUGACCGACUGUCCCCAUAACGGUCGUAAGAAUGUUGCGGACCAGAUGAUAAUGGUCGAUAUGUUGGCCUAUGCGAUCGACCGACCUGCGCCCGCAACUAUUAUCCUUAUUUCCGGAGAUCGAGACUUCGCCUAUGCAGCCUCGGUGCUACGACUAAGACGCUACAGCGUGGUCGUAAUAUCCCUCACCAAUCCGGGAGCACACCCUAGCCUGAAGGCCCAAGCCAAUAUUUGCCUAGACUGGAACGCCGACGUCAUGAGCAAGGUUGAGGAGGAACAUUGCCACUCAAUUCAGAGGCAUGAACCAAUGUUCGCGGAAGAGAUCAGUGGGCCGGCUGGGGUCAGACAACGGAGCAGCACAGUAUCGACAGCGGCGGACAUCUUGUUGGCUCCUUCUGUCCAUAAGCGGGAAAUUAAGCCCUCUGGACCAAUUCGCCACAAGAGGGACAACAGCAUCAAUCAUCGGAAUAUUGCUAUAAAUGUCGACAAGGCUACUCAGACUCAUGGCAAUUUCAUUGACACUCCUUGUUCUUGUCAAGCUACGUUGGUACCCGAACACCUCAAAGAGGACUUGGAAUUGCCUGACACGCGGUCACUCCGCGAACAUCAACUUGAAGGCGUUCACGGUAGUGUAGCCCCAGCUCUUGAAGCCUCCUCUUCUGCCAAGGCCGACCUCCCUACGUGGCCAUUUUCACCGCUAGGCCCUGCCAAUGGUGGAGAGGAGGCACCCCUCUCGACCCAGAACGAGGCCUUAGCCGUGUCGGACAACCCCCAGCCACUUGACGCUACUGCUUCUGAGCGGACCAAGAAAGAGACAGUACCACUGGAUGAUUUUCCACUUCCAGUGACCAUGUCACAGCGAGUAGAGGCGUUCAAGAAGAUGGUCGUGCUUCUUCGUCAACAAGAACAAUGCCGCUCCUUACGCCUCGCCCUCGCAUGCGAGCUUGUUUCAGCCGGCGUAGUCCCCCAAGCUGGCGCUCGUGACUUUCAGGAUUAUCUGUAUCUGGCCGAAUGUUCUGGGUUGAUUGAACAAGGAGGAUCAAAGGCCGAAGCUUGGGUUUCAUUACAUUCGCAAUGGCAAGAUAGUGACGAGUACGAGAAUAUCUUCCCGCAAUCGCUCGCCCAACCUUCUACGAAUACCAACGAACUAAUCACACCCGAAGUCAUCGUCGUAGAUGACACACCUAUAUUCACACCACAGUCUACACCACUUUCCCUUGCGUCUUGGUGUGAUAUGGCUGGUUGCAGGGAUGUACUGUUGCCCGAUGUUGGUCCCGCGAAGCAAAUAAAUCCCCCAGAUAAUACCGACAAGGAUAAUGCAGCUCCCAUUACUGACUCUACAUUCCACCUAUCCGCCCAAGCUCCUCCAUUUGUCCCGCCCAUUCCACUUCAGGUUCGUUCGGCUGCAAUUCCUGCUACUACGUCAAGGAAUCCAGUACCUCCUCAUUUCAUUUUACUGGUAGAGAUUCUUCUUCGGUAUAGUGCCGAGGGGCUUCUCAUGGUGUCACGCUCUAAGGUCGCGAUCGAACUUCUGGCCAAGAAUAAGUUGAUCUACCAACAAGCAGGAGUGUCACGAUUCGGUGAAUAUGCCGCUCUAGCCCAAAGCAGCGGGCUUGUCGAGUUAGGGACCUCCGAAGGCGGUGACCCAUGGAUCAGUCUUUCCCUGUCCAUUGCAUCAGAUUGUCCUUCACCCUCGACAUCCCCGCCAGAAACCUUGAGUCCACCGAUAACACAGCGGUGCUCGGCUGCACCUGGUCCCUCCUUAAUAAACUUCCAUCUUCCUACUCCUCGCCCUAGUAAACCACCAACGACCCCAGAGCCAGCACGAACAAAAUUGGCCUCGCAUUUCUGGCCGUUGAUUGACAUCCUAGAGGAACACAGAAGAAGGGGAAUACCUCAACCUCUUCGUUCCGUUGUUGCCCAAGAAUUACAACGCCACAACGUUUACAAGGAGGCGGGUGUCACCAAAUUCCGAGAGUAUAUCGCUUUAGCGGAAAGUGCACAGAUAGUCACUUUGGGUGGGACGAGCGGCCGCGACUGGGUAUCUUUUGACUCAGAUUGGCUGCAGACCUAUGGUUAG